AUGCUGCGGAAUGAAUGCACUGAGUACAGUUUCGUCUGCCACAAAAGGCGGAAUAAAGCGGCGCAAGGUGAAGCGAAUCCGGAGACCGAUUUGGAUCGCUUUCGAGCCGCGGCAACUCACUUUACUCCAUCUAUGGGUCUUAAGGUGAGAAAAUGCUUCGAACCGACCGAAAAGUCAUCUUUUUCGGUUACAAUCAGGAAGAUCAGAUUCUUGAACGCCCGGAACUUUCUGAAACACCACCAAAAUCGCAAGCCGGCAAGCAUCCAGGCCACUCAGUCAUUCAGUCGAUUCAGCAAAAGCCUACGAGUGUCCAAGAACGCCUCAGAAGCACGACCGAAUGUGAUCAGCAUUCAGGCAUUUCAUAGAAGGACGACCAAUGUUGAUGGGUGUUUUUUAAACGUCUAUCAGGCAGCCUGUAUCAAUGUCAAAAUGUCACAGCGCGGGGCCGUUGUGACUUUUGCGCUCGCACACACUCGCUUGUUGCUGUUGUGUUCUUCGUCGAAGACAGAACGUCGGUGGAUCAGAUUGAACAGUUGUUGGUUGGUCCACCUGGUUGUAAACCCUGCGCCACUACUCAGAGUUAUAUCGUCGCUGGGUGUUCGUGUAGCGGAGCUGGGCAGACACGGACCAUACGAAGACAUGCCGUUAUUGGUCAGAAUGCCAACCAAUCCGGAUCGAGCAUCCUUGACUCGACGCUUCUCGCCACCUCAAGGAGAUUCUAGCACGACCUUGUGGGACGCUCUGUGA